AUGACGGUUGUACAAAAUCAUUCCAGCGAUGACGACGCAGCAGAUUAUGUUGGGACCCCUAUUUCAGAAGAAACACUUGAAAACACCAGUGUACAGGAACAGCAACUGCGAGCGGAUGAGCACGAUGGCGGAUACGGCUGGGUGUGUGUUGUGUGCCAAUUGAUGAUUACGGCAAGCACAUGGGGAGUCAACGGUGCCUUCGGUGUAUAUCUCACUCACUACAUCUCGACAAACGCCUUCCCCGGGACAUCGGAAAUCGCCUACUCCUUUAUUGGUGGUCUCUCUCAGUCUCAGAUCCUCCUCAUCGCCCCCCUCGUCACGCACGCCACCAGAGUUUUCGGGACCAAGCCCCCUCUACUCAUCGGAGCUGUCAUGGAGACAGCUGCUCUGGUUGGGGCAAGUUUUGCCAAGCAGUCAUGGCAUCUCUUUCUUUCCCAGGGAUUACUAUUCGGCUGGGGCUGUUCGUUCUUAUAUAUCGGUACCAUUGGCAUCAUUCCCCAGUGGUUCUCCCGGAGAAAGGGCAUUGCAAAUGGAAUUGCUGCUGCAGGAAGUGGUAUUGGAGGUCUCAUUUACAGUUUGUCCACGGAAGCCAUGAUUUCCAACAUUAGCGUUGCCUGGGCCUUUCGCAUCACAGCCAUCUGCACCGCUGCAGUCAACGUUAUUUGCAUCAUCCUGAUUAAAGAUAGGAACAAGCACAUUCAGCCCACUCAAAACGCUUUUGACUUUACUCUCCUCAAGCGCCCUGAGCUUCUGCUAAUUUUGGCAUGGAUUUUCCUUAGCACUAUUGGAUACACAUGCGUCUUGUUCUCGCUUCCGGACAAUGCCGUCCGGAUUGGCCUCACUGCUCACCAAGGCUCUAUCCUGGGAGCAUUGGCUAACCUUGGAAUGGCCAUCGGUAGACCCAUCGUGGGUUACUUUAGCGACCGAGUGGGAAGAUUGAACAUGGUGAUCUCGGCAACAACUCUGGCAGGGAUAUGGUGUUUAUGCCUCUGGACGUCUGGCACAUCAUAUCCUAUCCUGCUUGCGUUUUCUAUUCUUGGAGGGACAACGAUUGGCACAUGUUGGGCUACCAUCGGACCUAUGCUAGCUGAUGCUUUCGGAAUGAAGCUUCUCCCCUCUGCAUUGUCCAUAGUCUGGACAAUUUCUGCCAUCCCAUCAGCAUUUGCCGAAGCCAUGGCCUUGGGGCUUCGACGAUCGCACUCCCCAGUAUACCUGGAUGUCCAAAUCUUCUCCGGUUGCAUGUUUCUUGGAGCGGCGCUAUUUUUGCUACCGCUGAGAUUCAAAAAGAGGAUCGAGAGCAUAAUGGUAUCGGAGAAGCAAUAA